AUGGCUACCGAUACCCGCUCAGUCAUUUCAGACGAGUCGAGCUUCUACGGCGACAACGACGAAGUGUCUCGUCUGGAAGAACUCGCUGAGACAUACGACCCAGAGCCAUACUGGUCGGCCAUCCACCCACACCUCCUAUCCACAAUCCAGUACGAACAAUCAGUCGCAUCGCGACCCACGCCCGCGUCGCAGUCCACAAAAACCGAAUCCGAGCCACCAUCCUCCACGCCCAACAUCAAAUCCGAACUAGACCCCUCUCACACCAGCCGUAACAAACCAACAGCCAACGAACAGAUCCCCGACUUUCUCGCGCGUCUGCCCCCAUCCACGACACAAGUCGAUGAAGCUGGACCCUGGCUCUAUGUAAACGACCCAAACCACCCGCCACAUGAGGGAGACGUUGCCACGCUCGUGGCCAAGGGGACGAAGCUCCUACACGCGUACGAGGACAAAAAGGCCGAGCUCGAAGCGGCACACGACCGCUCGGGCGCGAAGACGAGAGCGCCCCUGACGCGAAAACUGAAUCCGCUGCGCCAGUCGCUGGAGAAGGAGAUCUUUGCCCUGGCCCGCGAGACGGGGGUCACCUCGGGCAAGUGGAUGUUGUUUCUGACUCCCGAUCGUGUCGAUGAUUACUGGGCGGCGGUUGCGGAAGCGACAGCGCGUGGGGAGCUGGGUACUGCAGCUAAGGUGGCAACCGAUGAAGGCAAGGGUCCCGACAGCGCGCGACUGCUCGCGGUGUAUACGCGGGAUUAUGCGGAUCGCGACGAUGUGAAGCGGGUGAUUGGGAAGUUGGUGGAUUUGGACUUGGUGAAGGAGGACGAACGGCCGGUUUAUUACAAGUGUGACGCGUACACCUAUCUGCAGAUCAUGGGGAAUAAUCCGUAUGGGCUGAGGGCUAGCUUGUUCUCCAGUCGGGAUGUGCUGAGUGGGAAGAUGUGA